UGUGCCACGAGGAAAGACGAGGCGGUCGAUAGGCAUCCUCAGAAAUUCCACCGGUACGACACGACCGACGAGGUUGGCAUUGACGAAGUGUGCAGUGGCGGGUCGGACGAGGCUGUCUUUGUUGGUUCCGUAGCCGGAAACUGAAAGUGUCGGAAGUUGGGUUAAUGGCGUCCGAAAUUGAAUCCACCGUUGAAGAUAACGAAGAUUCGUCGACACCUGGUGUGAUGCAGCUGUUUCGAAAAAAGGACAGCGAACUGGGCGCGGGUGUACGACGCAGUGGCUCCCUAAGGAUACCAAAGUCAUCGAACGUGGAUCGUAAUCGACUGCACGUGUCCUCGUACGAUGGAAAAUUAUCGAGCAUCGUGUCGUGGAAUCAGGACCGAUCCGACGGGACGCCAGUCCGGCCCGCCAGGCACUCCGCACCUGCGAUUGACGCACCUGCGCCGGAAUACCUUGCCAGGCACCUCCUGCAGCUUGGCUGCCCGGCCGUGUCCAUGCCCACACCUCGUGGCGGAGUAGGGCCUGAGCCACCGCACAGUAGCGACAGCGAUGAAUACUCGUCGACUCAAGGCCAUCAUCAGCAAGCGAGUCAUGGUCAUGUUCAAGGCCAAGUGGAUGUCUACAACGUGCCCAAAGUCCACGUGUCGGGACCACCUAGCAAUGAUGAAUCCUCUUCCGUCAUCAAUGGGUCUGCGGGGUCCAUAGGAGCACGAUCGGCACCCAGCACGCCCCUUCAAGUAGCCCCUGGCGGGCAGCAGGCUGGUGGCCAGCAGUCGAUCAGCGGGUCUCAGCUUACCGUGGCCACUGGGAACAUUUCUCAGCCUCCAAGGAGUCCGAGCCACGCGACUUUGAGAUGCAACGACAGUCAUCUUUCUAAACCGCUCAGUAGAAGCACACCAUCCAUGGCAGCCGGUGGUGUCGUACAAGUCGCACCGGGAAAGGUUAGCAGAUCCUCGUCCACAUCCUCGCCGACGACUACCAGCAGCGCCAGACAAAAGAAAUUUCACAGGCAUUUCUCUCAGGUUUCUGCAGACGAGCGUGUAUUGAACUAUUACAGCUGCGCACUGGUAGGCGACAUCUUGCUGCAGGGCCAUCUCUAUAUCACGCCGAACUAUUUCGCGUUCUACAGCAAUGUGUUCGGUUACGUGACGAAGCUGCUGAUACCGACCGUGACAGUGCUGAAGAUCAGCAAGGAGAAGACCGCCCGUAUCAUUCCGAAUGCGGUUGCGAUUGCCACCGAGGAGGAGAGGCACGUUUUCGGUUCCCUUCUGUCGAGGGACUCGACCUUCAAGCUGAUGAAACAGGUUUGGGACGCUGCCAUGGAGCCCCAGCCGCAGAUUCUACCGCUCACCACCAACGAGCAAAAGCUCCUCGCCCCGGACACGCCGGUGGUCGACGACUCCGAGGUGAACCCGGAGGAGGACGACUCGAGCAUGUCCGAGAGCGGGACGGACCUGAAUUCGAGACCGUCGACCGUCUGUACCGACAUAGACGGUAUUUCGCCGCCCAUCAUCAGGCCCAGUCUGCCACCGGUCAUAAAGUUGGAACCACCGCCGGUACCAAUGCUCCCAACUACACCCAACAGACCUAAAGUUCUUUUGUCCUCGUUUGUGGGCGGACUGAAAACUAGCACAGUGAUAACGAUUCUAAUAGCUCUAUUAGCAGCUCUCUAUGUGUCGGCGGCUCUGAUGAUGAUUCGCAUCGACAGGCUACACACAGCCUAUCUAAACCAUCCCUUCGUCUCGCCGGAACGUUUCACGCAGGAUCGGCUGUUGCACUACCUGAACACAAAUCUCGAUCAAAUAAUAAAGGUGAGACAAAGUUUGCAGACGUUGUCACAGCAGUUCGUGUCAAUGAGCCACAGCAGCGAAACGGACCCGUCCUUAUCCGGCGGCGCGAUGGAACCGGAAAACGCUCCGAGUUAGCCCCCAACAAGGCUGAAUAAUUUAACGCAACCAAAUAAUACGAGUCCCCGUCGCCUCGCUAGCGUAUGAAGCGUCUUUCGUAUUAAUACGUCGUUGUAUUCGUCGUCGGCGUCGAUUAUUCCCACACCCUAUACAACCGACUGAUUGACGGAGUCGCUUCGACGGCCCUUGACAAAAAACAAAAAUCAGAUAGGCAUUACCAUUCGUUAGCGUUAUCUAGACUUUCGCGCGGCGCUGAGGAUAGAAUGGAAGUUGUGCUGUAAAACGUCGAAACGAUGCAACAAAGAAGAAAAGAAAACAGACGAACAAGUAUAAAUAAUUCGAGAAAGACGAGCAAGGAACGUUUGUAAAAAGAACUUCCUAGAUCGCGCAUGCGUCACUCAAUUCGACUUUUAGUCACGCUUGCUGGUGAUAAUGAAGAAAACAAAAAGAAAAGAAAAUAAGCAAAAAAAAAAAAGAGAAUAGAUGCUUUGAAAGCGGCGAAAGAUCAAAAUGAUACAAUAUGUAAACGGAAUUAUUUCUAUGUGAACGUCGAUCGCGUCGUGAAACAAUUGUUACCGCGUUUGACGUGAAAUUCGGUCAGUGCAAAAUUAAUUCGAGCGCGUAUGGCUAGCGAAGGGAUUUUCGUUUUUUUUUUUCUUUUGUUUGACUAGUCACGUAUACAAAUAUAUAUCUAUAUAUAUAUGC